AUGGAUGCCGGAAUUCGGAACCUCAUGGAGGACAUGGAUGCUUGCACAACCACACCACACUCUCCGACAGGCGAUCGCAUCGCCCGCUUGUUGGAGCAAAUGAGGACAUGCGUCCUGGUGCAUCAUCAACUCAGCUGUCUGCUCAUCCAUGCCAGCGCGAUGGAUGCAGGUGUCUACGGCGACGCUGCAUCAUUUGAUGAGAGCACGGAGGAGGGCAACGACGCCCUACGCCGAUCCAUCCAAAGCCUUGGGGGCUCCACAGCUCGCUUGUUUUGCAUGGCGCUGCAGGAUCAGAAGGAUCUGCGAUCGAUGAGCCAUACAUUGCAAAGCCGCGUGGAGUCGAUGGUGGAAGGUCUUCAAACAGAGCUCGGCUUGACAAGCGAUGCCGACUCUUCCGGGGCCCUGGCUGCGGAAGUGGCAGACUUGGAGGCAGCAUUGGCCAAGAAACGUGAGGAGGUGCAGGAGCUUCGUCAUGCCGCCGACGAUCGCCGAAAGCGCGCGGAAGAGAAGCGCCGCGCCAUUGUCAUGCAGCAAGCCGCGAGGGUGAGAGCAGCCGAGCGCCGGCUGCAGGUGCUGCAGCAAGCUUGGCACGACUUGGAAGCAGCAGGCUUGGAUGCCUCUGCGGCAAAAAGCCAAGCGGCACAGGCUGCCCAAGCAUUGCUUGGCCCGCGCAGCCCAAGUCCAGAAGGCCCAGGAGGCCGGCAAACGCUGCGACGGCAGCAGCAUGAAAAUCAGCUAGAGCGACGAUAUUCGCCAGUGACACGGCGUGUUCACGGAGCGGCGCCGCAGGCGGUGGUGCAGACAACGCCACAGCCAAUUGUGGGAGGUUCCAGGAUACCGGCAACCGCACCCGACGCUGUGAAGCCGCAGCAGGCCUUCUCUUCCCUGGCGCAGCUUGACGCACAGCUGCGGGCUGCACAGACAGAGUUCUGGAGCCUGUGA